AUGGGCGUGGAGUUGGCUCCGCUGAGACUUGGUGAUGCCAUCUCUCAGGAUGGCCGAAGACUGGCACUGUCAGUUCCUUUGCUGCCAGUACAUCUACCCAUUCUCAACGACAGGAUGCCUAACCAGGAGCCGGGCGCCUUUCGAUUUCUGCACAUGUCACAUCCGAAUGACUCUGCUUCGUGGAAAGGUAAAGUCCGGUCCCACGCGGCCAAGAACGCUGUAGUCCGGCAAAAGAGAGUCGCCAACUAUCAAAGUACAAGGGUCAAAGCCGAUAACAAAAGAACCCCGGAAACAUCGUGUAUUGGAUCAAAUUCAUCUUCGCUUACGCGACCCUCUCGUCCGUUGACAUCACGCCGUACCCAUCGGACACUGACGGCCGACCCCUUUUGUUCCUUUGCUUUUGGAAUUUCCGCAGAGCAAUCGUUUCUGCUACAUCAUUUUGUGAAUAAUGUUGUUGGCAAAGCCUUCACCUGUCUCCCCUUUCGAACAGUGUCCGAUGAAGCUGCCUUUCGCAUGCGUCUGGGCUCGCUUUGGGUUCAAAUGUCCAUUGCAGACCCCGGUGUUCUUGCAUCCGUCCUUUUGAGUGCUUGUCGGCAUCUCGCAGAAUAUCAAGACAGCUACCGUGCCUUGAUCUUUGAAUACAGGGGCCGAUGCCUCGCGGAUAUUAACGACUCGCUAUCCCGGGAAGGCAGCAACAUUAGUGAUUUUACCAUUGUCAAAACACUUGCCGUUGCGUCGGAUUCGAUUGUGCAUGGAGAGAAAGAUGCGUCGAGAUGGCAUCUACAGGCAGCCACUGCCAUGGUGGCUAGCAGAGGAGGAGUUGAGGCGAUCGAGAGUCAUGGAUUUCUCGGAAAACUCGUCAUGUGGAUUCUCAAAGACCCAAUGCAACAGACUGGUGCACUUCUAACCCCUUCAUGUCUUGCAUCUGCAUUCCAUUAG